AUGCAAGUCAGCCAAAUGGACUUCGCCGCCACGAAGGUCUCGGAUUCAAGCUCACUAUGGAAAGGCAUGGCUAUGCCUGGUUUCUUGACAAGAUCGACUGGAGUACGCUUACCUUCCGCCAACCUCAUGCACCGUAUAUGA